AUGUACGGAGCAGGAACCGGGCCCCAGACGGGCAUUAACACUCCGCGAUCCAGCUCCUCUCUACGACCAUUGACGCUUUCCCACGGCACUCUUGAAACCUCAUUCCUCGUCCCUACAAGCCUCCACUUUCACGCAUCACAGCUAAAAGAGCGCUUCACUGCGAAUCUACCACCCCCUACCGAUGAGCUCGCUCAAGAUGACGAGCCCUCGUCAGUAGCCGAGCUGGUUGCGAGAUACCUUGGCUUCGUUGCCGGCCAAGUCGAAAAUGGCGAGGACGACGCCCAAGGCUCCUACGAGGAGGUCCUCAGACUCGUUCUCAAUGAAUUCGAGCGCGCGUUCCUUCAUGGAAACGAGGUCCACGCUCUCGCCGCCACCCUCCCUGGUAUUGAAUCCAAGAAGCUCGAGGUAAUCAAGAGCUACUACGCUGCCCGCAGCGUCUCUAACAGAACCAUCAAGCCGCAUGAAUCUGCUCUCCUGCGCGCUGCCGACGAUGGCGCGGCCGACAUCUAUACCAUUUUUGGCGGCCAAGGCAAUAUUGAGGAAUACUUUGAGGAGCUGCGCCAAAUCUUCACCACAUACUCUGGCUUUGUUUCGGACCUCAUUACAAACGCCGCCGAUCUCCUGCAGACCCUCUCCAACGACCCCAGCGCCGAAAAAUCGUUUGCGAAGGGUCUGGAUAUUAUGAACUGGCUUCAGCACCCCGAAGCCACUCCUGAUAUCGACUACCUAAUUUCCGCCCCGGUCAGCUUCCCUCUAAUUGGUCUUGUUCAGCUUGCCCACUAUGAGGUUACCUGCAAGGUCCUUGGUAUCACCCCCGGCCACCUUCGUGAGCGACUUCGCGGCUCUACCGGCCACUCCCAAGGUAUCGUCAUGGCUGCCGCCACGGCCGCCGCUGACUCUUGGGAUUCAUGGACCGAGAUCGCCACUUCUACCCUCACCAUCCUUUUCUGGAUUGGUACCAGAAGCCAGCAGGCAUUCCCUGUCACCUCGAUGACCCCCACCAUGUUGAGGGAAUCAAUGGACCAUGGCGAGGGCACCCCGACGCCCAUGUUGAGCAUCCGAGACCUCUCCCAGCAGGAGGUUCAAAAGCACAUUGAGGUUACCAAUCAAUACCUCCCCGCCAACCGUCAUAUCAACAUUUCUCUCAUCAACAGCCCCAGAAACCUGGUCGUCACCGGCCCUCCCACUUCGCUCUAUGGUCUCAACUCGCAGCUGCGCAAGGUCAAGGCCCCCACUGGUCUUGACCAGACCCGUGUCCCCUACACCGAGCGAAAGGUGCGCUUCGUCAACCGCUUUCUUCCCAUCACUGCCCCGUUCCAUAGCCAGUACCUCACCGAGGCCACUGCCAUGAUCGACGAGGACCUCAAGGAUAUUGUUAUUGACAGCAGAUCUCUGGGCAUCCCCGUCUUUGAUACAAACACUGGCAAGGAUCUACGAACAGAGGUCAGCGGCAAUAUUGUCCCGACCCUUGUUCGCCUCAUUACACGUGAUCCUGUAAACUGGGAAACCGCCACUGUUUUCCCCAACGCCAGCCACGUCCUCGACUUUGGUCCUGGUGGCGCUUCUGGUCUCGGGAACCUGACGAGUCGCAACAAAGAGGGUACUGGUGUCCGCGUCAUCAUCGCUGGUGCUGUUGAGGGCGCGCUUGAGGCUGUCGGAUACAAGCCUGAGCUCUUCGAUAGAGACGAGGAGAACGCCAUCAGAUAUGCUAUCGACUGGGUUAAAGAAUUUGGCCCCAAGGUUGUCAAGAACUCAAAGGGCGAAAAGUACGUUGAUACGAAGAUGUCUCGCCUUCUCGGCCUCCCGCCUGUCAUGGUUGCUGGCAUGACUCCUGCUACAGUUCCCUGGGAUUUUGUUGCUGCCACCAUGAACUCUGGUUACCACAUUGAGCUCGCAGGUGGCGGCUACUUCAGCGCCAAGACCAUGACCCAGGCUCUAGAGAAGAUUGAGAAAGCGAUCCCGGCCGGCCGUGGUAUCACUGUCAACCUGAUUUACGUCAACCCUCGCGCCAUGGCUUGGCAGAUCCCUCUCCUUGGCCGUCUCCGCGCUGAGGGCGUCCCUAUCGAGGGUCUCACCAUCGGCGCUGGUGUUCCUUCCAUUGAAGUUGCUCAAGAAUACAUUGAAACUCUGGGCCUGAAGCACAUUGCUUUCAAGCCUGGCUCUGUUGAGGCUGUCCAGGCCGUCAUCAAUAUUGCCAAGGCUAACCCGACUUUCCCUGUUCUCCUCCAGUGGACUGGCGGACGCGGUGGUGGCCAUCACUCCUUUGAGGAUUUCCAUCAGCCGAUUUUGCAGAUGUACGGCCGUAUCCGCCGCCAGGAGAAUAUUAUUCUGGUGGCCGGUAGUGGUUUUGGUGGCGCCGACGACACCUACCCGUAUGUCACUGGUGAUUGGUCGAAGAAAUAUGGUUAUCCUCCCAUGCCCUUUGACGGCUGCCUGUUCGGUAGCCGCAUGAUGGUUGCAAAGGAAGCCCACACCAGCAAGAACGCCAAACAGGCUAUCAUUGACGCCCCUGGUCUAGAGGAUGCCCAAUGGGAGCAGACCUACAAGGGACCUGCUGGUGGUGUCAUCACUGUUCGAUCUGAGAUGGGCGAGCCUAUCCACAAGCUUGCUACCCGCGGUGUCCGCUUCUGGGCUGAAAUGGACCAGAAGAUCUUUGCUCUUCCCAAGGAGAAGCGUGUCGCUGAGCUUAAGAAAAACCGUGAAUACAUCAUCAAGAAGCUCAAUGACGACUUCCAAAAGGUCUGGUUUGGCUGCAACAAAUACGGCAAGGCUGUUGAUCUGGAAGACAUGACUUACGCCGAGAUCGUUCGUCGUCUUGUCGAUCUGCUCUAUGUCAGGCACCAGGAGCGCUGGAUUGAUCCCUCCUUUGCCAGGCUCACUGGUGACUUUAUUCACCGUGUUGAGGAGCGCUUCGCCACAGCGCCCGGAAAGCCUUCCCUUCUCCAGAGCUAUGCCGAACUGGAUGAGCCGUAUACUUCCGUCAAACGCAUUCUUUCAUUCUAUCCCGACGCCGAUACGCAGAUCGUCAACGCUCAGGAUGUCCAAUACUUCUUGCUGCUUUGCAUGCGUCCUGGUCAGAAACCCGUCACUUUCAUCCCUGCCCUUGAUGAUAACUUCGAGUUUUUCUUCAAGAAGGACUCCCUAUGGCAGUCGGAGGAUCUUGAUGCCGUUAUCGGUCAGGAUGUUGGCCGUACCUGCAUUCUGCAGGGUCCUACCGCUGUCAAGUUUUCUACUGUUUUGGAUGAGCCUAUCAAGUCUAUUCUGGACGGCAUUCAUAACUCCCACAUUGAAUAUCUUACACGCGACUACUACGGCGGCAAGGACAGCUCUAUCCCUACUAUUGAGUACUUUGGUGGCGAGCUGGUAGAGACCGAGAUCCCUCUUGACAUCGAAGGUCUCACAGUCAGCUAUGACGAGCACAAGAACACCUACCGCUUUGCAUCUGGCGGCAGCGCUGCCCUGCCUUCUCUUGAUGCUUGGCUUUCGUUGCUUGCCGGGCCCAACAGAAACUGGCGCCAUGCCUUGCUUAUGUCUGAUGUCGUCGUUCAGGGCCAAAAGUUCCAGACCAACCCUCUGCGCCGUAUAUUUGCCCCUGCCCGUGGCCUCUUUGUUGAGAUCAACUACCCUAAUGAUCCUUCCAAGACCGAGAUUGUUGUCAAGGAGCAGCCUCGCUACAACCAGUACGUCACUGUCAUUGAAGUUAAGAUGGUAGGCAAGAAUGAGAUUCUUGUCAACAUGAUUAAGGAUACAACGGCUCUCGGUCGCCCUCUGGGUCUUCCUCUGCGCUUCACGUACCACCCCGAGGCUGGUUACGCUCCCAUUCGUGAAGUCAUGAUCGACCGCAAUGACCGCAUCAAGGAGUUCUACUGGAAGGCGUGGUUUGGCGAGGAUCCCAUGGAUCUCGAUGCCUUGGUCACCAGCAAGUUUGAUGGCGGAAAGACUACCAUCACCGCAGAAGCCAUCAACGACUUCGUGCAUGCUGUUGGCAACACCGGCGAGGCCUUUGUCGACCGUCCUGGAAAGGUUGUUUACGCUCCCAUGGACUUUGCUAUCGUUGUUGGUUGGAAGGCCAUUACGAAACCCAUUUUCCCCCGUACCAUUGAUGGUGACUUGCUGAAGCUAGUGCAUCUCUCCAAUGGCUUCCGCAUGCUUCCCGGCGCUGAGCCUUUGAAAAAGGGAGAUGAAAUCUCGACCACGGCUCAGAUCAAUGCUGUCAUCAACCAAGAUUCUGGUAAGAUGGUUGAGGUCUGUGGUACAAUCACCCGUGAUGGUCAGCCUGUGAUGGAGGUUACUUCCCAGUUCCUCUACCGUGGCACCUAUACAGAUUUCGAAAACACCUUCCAGCGCAAGAUUGAGACACCUGUUGAGGUUCACCUGGCUACCAGCAAGGAUGUCGCCGUUCUGCGCUCCAAGGAGUGGUUCUCCACCGACGAAAUGCCCAAUGACUUUGAUCUGCUCGGCAAGACGCUCACUUUCCGCCUUCAGAGUCUGAUGCGCUACAAGAACAAGGAUGUCUUCAGCACGGUUGAGACGCGCGGUCAGGUUCUUCUUGAGCUGCCUACCAAGGAGAUUAUCCAGGUCGCCAGCGUCGACUAUGAGGCCGGAGAGUCUCAUGGUAACCCUGUCAUUGACUACCUGCAGCGCAACGGUUCUCCUCUUGACCAGCCCAUCAACUUCGAGAACCCCAUCCCGCUCAGCGGCCGCACUCCCCUACAGCUGCGUGCCCCCGCCUCGAAUGAGACGUAUGCUCGUGUUUCUGGUGACUACAACCCUAUCCACGUCUCUCGCGUCUUCUCUUCUUAUGCAAGCCUUCCUGGGACGAUUACCCAUGGCAUGUACUCUAGUGCUGCUGUGCGGAGCCUCGUCGAGACGUGGGCUGCUGAGAACAAUGUUGGUCGUGUCCGCGGGUUCCACGCCUCCCUCGUCGGCAUGGUCCUGCCGAAUGACGACAUCCAGGUACAGCUGCAGCAUGUUGGCAUGGUUGCUGGCCGCAAGAUCAUCAAGGUUGAGGUCAGCAACAAAGAGACUGAAGAAAAGGUUCUGCUUGGUGAGGCCGAAGUUGAGCAACCCGUGACGGCGUACGUCUUUACUGGCCAGGGUUCACAGGAACAGGGCAUGGGUAUGGAACUGUACGAUAGCAGCCCCGUGGCCAAGGAGGUCUGGGACCGCGCUGACAAGUAUCUGCUGGACAACUACGGCUUCUCGAUUACAAACAUUGUCCGAAACAACCCCAAGGAGCUUACUAUUCACUUUGGUGGUCCUCGCGGCAAGGCUAUUCGCCAAAAUUAUAUGGCGAUGACUUUCGAGACGGUGGCUGCGGAUGGUUCGAUCAAAUCGGAGAGAAUCUUCAAGGAUAUUGACGAGAAGACGACGUCAUACACGUACCGGUCGCCUACUGGUCUCUUGUCGGCGACUCAGUUCACACAGCCAGCCCUGACUCUGAUGGAGAAGGCCAGUUUCGAGGACAUGAAGUCGAAGGGUCUCGUGCCGCGCGACAGUACCUUUGCUGGUCACUCGCUCGGCGAAUACUCUGCGCUGGCAGCCCUGGCUGACGUGAUGCCGAUUGAAAGCUUGGUCUCGGUUGUCUUCUACCGCGGCCUUACGAUGCAGGUCGCGGUCGAGCGCGACGCCGCAGGCCGGUCCAACUACUCAAUGUGUGCUGUCAACCCUAGCCGCAUUUCCAAGACUUUCAACGAAGAGGCUCUGCAGUUUGUGGUGAACAACAUUGCGGAGGAGACGGGGUGGCUGCUUGAGAUUGUCAACUACAACAUUGCCAACAUGCAGUAUGUGUGUGCUGGUGAUCUGCGGGCGCUGGACACGCUGGCAGGGGUAACCAACUUCCUCAAGAUGCAGAAGAUUGACAUUGAGGAGAUGCGCAGCAACAUUGAAGAAGCCAAGGGUGCGCUGCGGGAGAUUAUUCGCGGUUGCGCUGAGGCGACGCUGAAGAAGCCAGUCCCUCUGGAGCUGGAGCGUGGAUUCGCGACGAUUCCCCUUCGAGGAAUUGACGUUCCUUUCCACUCGACGUUCUUGCGGUCGGGUGUGAAGCCUUUCCGAUCAUUCCUGCUCAAGAAGAUCAACAAAACAACGAUUGACCCUUCGAAGCUGGUUGGAAAGUACAUCCCUAACGUGACGGCGAAGCCUUUUGCGUUGACCAAGGAGUACUUUGAGGACGUGUAUAAGCUGACCAACUCGCCCAAGAUUGGGGCGGUGCUGGCGAACUGGGACAAGAUUACGCAGGACGGAGGUGAGGGCAAGUCUGGGAGCGACAGCGGAGCCAGCGCAGAGUACGACGGGCCUGGAGCUGCCGCUUGA